AGAAUGCCAAAGUCUUCGCCAACACCUCAGUGCUGCCAAGGCAGAGGCUAGAACCAAUGCAAACUGCCAACCACAAACACUUAAUAAUCUGAUCAUUGGAAGCUCGAUAGUGCGUGAUAUUGACCCCUCAAAGCUCGUCAACACUGAUGUCAUACCCAUAGGGGGUGCUGACAUAGACACUGUACAUAAAAAGCUGACAUCCUUGGAGAUAAAAUAUAAUACUGUAUACUUACAAGUAGGGAGCAACGAUUGCACCAAACCUUCCAAACCAGAUGAGAUUGUCAACGAUUUUAAGCUGCUUAUAAAGGGGGCCAGUAACAUUGCAUCCAAAGUGGUUGUAUCCAGUAUCUGCCCCAGAACUGACAAGCCAUCAGCCCAGGAGAAAGCAGAGUCCAUUAAUGCAGCAUUACAAGUGAUAUGUGAGGAUGAUAAUACAAUCUUCGUGAACAAUGACACCACCUUUAAGCUACAUGAUGGAGCCAUUAACGAAGGUUUCCUCUUAUACGAUGGUCUGCAUCUCUCUAAGGCCGGGACUAAUCGCCUUGCUAUCAACAUGGGAUUAAAGACCAAGGCAAAAGAUAUUACCAAGCCAUUUAAGCCCAAGCAAAGGAAGCCUAAGCAGAAUACACCCAUUCCACCAGAGGAAACCCCCGCUGUUUCUCCAGCUCAUCCCACUACUCCAGUACCCCAACCUCAGCACAUUAUACAACGCGCUAGAGAGCCCGAACGAUCUUGGACUACCGUUACAAGUAGGGGAAAUAAGCAGCAGAAUGAUGUCACAGCUAGGGGCCAAAGCAGGAGUUCAAACAAUGCACCUCACUGUUACAAAUGCGGCGAAUCUAGCCACCUAGCCAACACAUGUUGGCACCCCAGCACCGUACGCUGCUACAAAUGCAAGGGGAUAGGCCAUAAACAAUCUAGGUGUACUAACAAUGCCCAGCCAAACCCCUACACCAACAAUGCGCAAAACCAAUACUAGGUACUUGGUGAGGAUAUCGCCUUCUCCCCUGUGAACGCUCUCACCCAUGGCCCUAAACCCAACACUACGACACAUAAGCGUACACGUAGAGGUGCACGUAAAUCUACACAGGCUGCGAAUAUGCCUCUAAAAAUUGGUUUUAAUAAUGUAGAGUACCUAGGACUUGCAAAACAAAAUGAACUUAGUGGACUUCUCAAUGAUAAAAAUUUUGACAUUUUGGGAGUCUGUGAAACCUUUUUCAGUGAUCGUAACCCUUUAAAUGUAUCAAAUGAUGAUUACACCUGGC